CUGGUAUUACUUCGUACAUGUGGAAGUGUGUUUCUUAGUAUUGCAGCAGUCUGUGACAUUGCAUCGUGCGUAUUUUUUCCAAGCCGUUCAUCCGGGGUUGGAGUUCAGUAAAUACUGAUGAUGUCAUCGUCUGAAGAUGGCUGAAGGAGAAGGCUGGUGGGGAGGCUGGCUUCAGCAGAGCUUCCAGGCCGUCAAAGAAAAGUCCUCUGAGGCCUUAGAAUUCAUAAAGCGAGAUCUGACAGAAUUCUCCACUGUGGUGCAGCAUGACACAGCUUGCUCAAUUGUGGCAACAGCCACUGCUGUCAGAAACAAACUUGCUGUGGAAGGCUCCUCGGAGACCACAGAGAAGGUGAAAAAGAGCCUUUCUGGUUUCUUAGGUGUGAUCACAGACACACUUGCGCCACCCCCUGAUAAAACAAUUGAUUGCGAUGUUAUCACAUUGGUGGCAACACCAGCAGGAACCACAGAGGUCUAUGACAGUUCUAAGGCGCGCCUCUACAGUCUGCAGGCUGACCCUGCUACAUACUGUAAUGAACCUGACGGUCCUCCAGAGCAGUUCGACAACUGGCUGUCCGGCUUCAGUUUGGAAGACAAGAAAGGGGAAAUCUCAGAGCUUUUGGUCAACAGUCCCUCUAUACGAGCCCUUUACACCAAAAUGGUGCCAGCAGCUGUAGCCCAUUCAGAAUUCUGGCAGCGGUAUUUCUACAAAGUCUUCCAGCUGGACCAGGAGGAGGCCAGGAGAGUUGCUCUAAAGCAGAGGGCAGAACAGAGUACGCACACAGAGACUCUGGGCUGGGAGGAGGAGGAAGAGGACGACUUCCUCGGUGCCAGCUCAUCAUCAUCUCAUCUCAACGUUACACGACCAUUGGACCACAGUUUGUCUCGGCAGCCCACGACCUCGACAGCUCCCACAGAAACGACUUUGCUAAGCCCCAUCUCCUCUCCAAGUGAGGAGCGCCUCUCUGUAAGCAGCGACAGCGUCAGCCUGCCAACGCAGGUGGAAGUCCGGCCAAAACCUGUUGCCAUAGAGCUCGCCAAGAAAUUAACAGAAGCAAGCUUGGAAGAUGUAAAGAAGACACAAGAGGAACAGACGCCAGCAAAUAAUGAUUCACCUCCUGAGUCUCCGACGGAAACUGUAGCCCAGCCACAGGUCACUGUUGAAGCUCCAACACCCACCUUGAAACCAGAGGCCACAAAGGAAGAGGGACCACAGGACCUGAGAGUGUUUGAGCUCAACUCUGACAGCGGAAAGUCAACGCCCUCUAACAACGGCAAAAAAGGGUCCAGCACCGACGUGAGCGAGGACUGGGAGAAAGACUUUGACCUGGACAUGACAGAAGAAGAGGUUCAACUGGCCCUCUCAAAAAUAGAUGCUUCUGGAGAGCUGGAUGAAGACUGGGAGAACUGGGACUGAGAGCUUCUGCACCACAAAGUUUGUCCCGCCAUUAAAGCUAGUUCUCGGCAGAUGAACCACGCUUAAUGUGUUUUAACUCUUUGUCCACUCUCACCGUCAACCAUGUCAUGAUUGUCAGUAGGGUUUUUUUUGACGGGUUCGUACCCUGUUGGUUAACCAGUUGAAAAAAACAACAGGAAGACAAAGGCAAUAAGAAUCUGACUGCUCUGUCAAUGGGCCGCAGAUAUGUGCAGAUAGGCUGUUAGUAAGGGUAAUGGUUCAGGCCUUGGCUUUUUCUUGGACUAAGUUCGGAAUAAGAGAGCAUUUGACAGUAGUUAUACACAGAGUCAUUCAAGCAUAAAGGAAGUGACACAGUGUCAGUGUCGGAGGUUUGAUCACAGCAGGCGACAGGAGCUGUUUUCCCUUUUUCUUUUUGCCAUUUAAUUCACGUACAAUUUUGCAAGCGUAUUUCCAGUUGGGCUGUGACUUAACUGCAGGCUGCAAAAUAGCCAUAAACUGUAAUGCUGCUUGUCACUCUGAGAUGAAAUACUUCGCAAGUGAUUUUUGAAUGAUGAUAAUUAAAUUCUACCUGUGCCCUCCUUUCGUUCUCAUCUUUAUUAUGCAAGUGAAUCUUCAGAAUGGGAAAAAAAAAAAUCUUGGCCUUUAUUCUUGAGAGCAUUUUUCAUUUUGGAUUCACUCCCAACACUAAAUAUAUGGCCUUGUAAAACACACAGCAGUGUGAUGAUGUUAUCCAAAUGUUUUUGUUACAUGAAACAGCCAGCUAAUAUUAUAACAUUAUUAUUAUUUGUUUGCCCCUCGCAUUGUCAUCAGUGUGAACUGUUAAAAGUAAUGAACAUGUUGCAGGUUAUUUUACUUUUUUGUCACUUUAAAUGUUUCACUUUAAUGAUCUGGCUAUCUGUCUUAUUUUGGUAGAGGGAGUUUGUUCAUUGUUGUGGUUAAGAGGAGUCAUAUUUGAUUAAACAGACUUUCAACAGUUUGAGUCAUGAUAAUGAAUUCUGCUUGAAAUUGAGAGUAGCAUCUCUUUUUUUUUUUUUUCUUUUUUUUUUUUUUAGAUGAAUAGGAGGAAAUAAAUCUUAAAGGUUUACUGUUUCUCUUUCAGCCUAUGUUUGGAACAAAAUAGUUCAGCAGGCUUAGUGCCAAUCAGACCAAAAAGCAAUGUGAGCUUGCUCCAUGCUUUUAUCAUUUUGUUUUCCAUCAUCUGUAAUGUAACUUAGGAAAAGUAAGCAUAGAGAUGUAAUAUUUAUACUAAAAGAAAUGCUUAAUUAUUGUAUUAUGUGCUUUGGAUUGCAUGUCUGUGCAAUAACAUUAUGCAAAACAUUGUGCAGAUUUUUACCGUUGAGUUGUAUGUUUCUUUGGUAAAGAUGUUGGCUGUUCUUCAGAUUUUUGUGUUCUGACAAUGUGUUGCAUGUCUAUAAUUCUCAGCUGUGUAUUCUCUUCAGAUUCACACUUCCAACUAAUCAGAAAUGUUCUGCACACAUUUGUUUUCAAAGGUGUCUGUUUCUUUUUUUUUUUUUUUUUUGAGUAUUACAUUAUAUUUUUCAAUCACUGUCAUUAAAGGAUUCAUGACAAAUGGGA